GGCUAAAACGUGCUAAAGAGGUAAAUAUAUCAACUUUGCCGUUUAAUAUUGUUUGUUGUCACUUCCAUUUAGCACGUAGCCCUAUUAACUUAGUAAAACGUCCAUUCAUUCGUAGUUAAUGGGCGAAAUGGCAGCGGGAAGCAGUACAGAGGAUUAUCCUCAAGAGAUAGAUGAACAGCUUACAUGCUUCGACUCCUCUGUCACUUCAAUCAAAACCAUGUUGGACAAGUUGAUGUCGAUGUCCAAAAAUGACCUGCUGGAAAAGCUGGAUCCUUUGGAUCAAGCCAAGCUGGACCUCAUGUCUGCCUACACCCUUAAUUCAUUAUUCUGGAUGUAUUUGGUAACACAAGGAGUAAAUCCAAGAGAACAUGGAAUCAAACAGGAGUUGGAGAGAAUAAGGACAUACAUGAACAGAGUGAAGGAAAUCACUGACAAGAAGAAGGCUGCCCGUCUGGAUAAGGGUGCUGCUUCACGCUUUCUUAGGAAUGCUCUUUAUGAUCCAGAAGACAAAGAUUCUGCUAAGAAAGCAGCUUCCAAAAAAGCAGCAAACACACCGUCUGACUCCCCUCAUUCAAAGCGUCCAAAACUGAACUGAAGGAGGAUCUGUACAGUUUGGCCUUAUUGCGUUGUGCACCACUUUUCACAGACGAUGAACACUGAAGGAAAUGUUUUGGUCACAAGGUAAAUUCUAAAGCUAAGGCUGACUGAUGGACUAUCAUACAAGAAAACACGAGAGAGCAAAAUACACAUUGCUGUUCACUCGAGUUGAUCUCCAGCAAUGGAAACAGAAAGGUUAUUGUCAGCACUUCAUUCCAGGCUGUGCUGAACCAAUUUCUGGAUGCUGAAGCAGGCAGAUUUAAUACAGAUUUAAUACAUAACAUGCUGAAUUUUAUAAUGAUUCUAUGAAUCACAAGUUGUUUGUUUGUAUUUUUUUUACACAUGUGCCAUGUUUUAAAUACUGCGAUACAUUGCUUUUUGGAUUCUGUUCAGCAUAAAAAUACUAGUCAGA